UAAUUUAUCUUGCAUAGGAAGCAACAGGCCACAACAAAUAAAAGUUUUUAUUGAAUUAUGUUUGAGUUUCUAGUGGAUGUAAUGUAUGCCGAAUUAAAGAGGGCACUCUUAUAAAUUAAGUGAGCUUUUAAAGUGGAGUUUGCAGACUGAUAACGCUCCUCACAAUCAGAAAAAUCUUUAAAUAGCAUUUUUUAAAACCGGGUUUGGCGCGUGCUCCUCUCUCAGCUGCCUGGCGGUGAAAUGAGACCCAACCCGUUCCCCUGCACACCUCGGACCGCCUCAACCUGCUUACCGACAACAAGACGCGCGCCAGGAGGACUCGGUGUCAUCAGUGACGUCACAGCCGCCGGUCACUCGUUAACUCGUUAAGUCACCUCCACCGACCUGCAGAGCCGCUGAGGAGCAUGACAGACAGAGAGCGUGCGUAAUGUUUAACGUCGUGCACCAGGCUCGGAAAUACGUCCCCACGCGCUCCUCGGUCACGGAUGACUCGCUGUUAACCGUGCGGACCGUCCAUGUCAACAAGUCCCCCGGUACUCUGAAGGAGGCUCCGGAGGCGACCUGGCCGCCGCCGGGCGCUAAGAUGCGGAUCUCCAAAGCCAACAAGGGCGCGGUGGUGGUGCGGGCGGUCCGGAGGCACCCGUCUCCUCAGCCGGCCAGCCUGGAGAGCCUGGAGGCGGCGUGGAGCGAGAGAGGCGCCCCGGGGGUGACUUCACCGGGGAACGGCGAGUUAGGGGCCGCUGGGAACGGGAUGGAAGGUCCCGGUGGGGGGCCCCCGAGGGGCCGGAAGAAGGGGUUCAGACCCCCCGAUGUCAGGACCAUCUUCACCCCCGGAGAGAAGGACCCGAGGGUGAGACAGGAGUCCGGGGAGGGACACACCUUCCUGCCCGGAGGCGAGAACACCUGGUGUGACGUGUGCUGCCACUACAUCUUCCAGCAUGGUCUCACCUGUGCAGGCUGUAAGUACACGUGUCACGCUGCGUGUCGGGACCGAGUGUCUCUGGACUGUCACCCUGCAGGCUCACCUGUCAGUCCGGACCAGCUCAACAACAACACACCGCCACAUGAUGUGGAGAAAGAGAGGGAGCUGCGGACAGAGUUCAGCAGGGAUGAGAUCAGGCAGAAGAUCGAGCAGUACAACACUCUGACCAGAGACCACCUGAAAAUGACACUCAGUGCGACUGGUGUGUAUACUGGUUUCAUCAAAGUCCAGAUGGAUCUGAGGCGGCCGGUGACGGUGCGAGGAGGUCAGAGAGGAGCAGGAGGAGCGCUGGUGGAGGAGGCCUUCUACCUGCCCCGAGGAGUCACCAACACACUCCACAUCAGCUCCCACAACACAGUCAGACAGGUGAUCGUCGCCCUGCUGAACAAGUUCACCGUCGCAGACAACCCGGCGAAAUACGCCCUGUACAAACGCUACCGCAGGGAGGAGCAGGUGUAUGUGUGUAAGCUGGCGGAUGGCGAGCAGCCGUUGUUUCUUCGUCUGGUGGCGGGACCCGACACCGACACGCUCAGCUUCGUUCUGAGAGAACAACAGACGGGAGAAGUCAUGUGGGAUGCCUUCUCCAUCCCCGAGCUGCGUAACUUCCUGCGGAUUCUGGACAAAGAGGAGGACGAGCAGAAGGUGGCGGUGAUUCGCCGCUACGAGUCGUACCGCCAGAGACUGCAGGAGGCGCUGCGGGAGGUCAGGGGUCACUCUUAGAGGAUCCGCCUCCUCCAGAACAGGACUACUGCCCCCUAGAGGCACGGAGGAGGAACAGCAGGAGGAGGAUAUAUUUUUUGUGUUUUGACCUCCUCGGAGCAGGAGGAAUAAAGUGUGAGAGAGAGAAGAGAGAAGUUCCUGCGCCUGGAAGAAGGGAUGAAACGGACAGAACGAAGGAUGAUUUAAAGAAAAUAAACUGACAGACAACAAGCAAAGGAUGAAGAGACAAAAACCGGCUGCUGGAGUUUGUUUCAGCCUGGAAUAAAGACUUCAAACCGCUGCCUGCUCGCACCAAAGAUCCACUUCACUGUGCCAUAUUCAUCAUUCA